AUGGGAGUGAUUGGUCUGACCGCCGUCGAGGUGCUCGCCUUCUGCCUCGGCCUGGGCCUCGUGCUCGCCGUCCUCAUCGUUGUCUGCAAUUGCGUGUCCACGUGUUGGGAGAUGUUGUCGCAUCGACGGAAGAAGCAACGGAUCGAGAAGUUGCCGGACGACUACGUGGACGAGAUCCACCGCCUUCUGCAGCGGAAUCAGAAGCCGUGCGAGUACGAUUGCGUCGUCGUCGAGUCCAGGAGACAGUCCGCGCAUUUGGAGGUGAGCAAUCAUGAACACUUUUUUAUUGAAACUCUUUCAAGCACCUCUUUGCAGUACAUUUCGGAUGCUCGAGUGGAGCCCACUCCCCCUCCGCAGCAAGUUAUAACUCGAAAGUCUGUCGAGAAGAAGACUCCGACCAAAAGUGUCCGGAUGGAGAGCGAGGUACGUCUUGAAGUGCUCAAAAAAGCUCAAAGAGCCUCAACGUUUGCAGGAGAACAUGAACACGAACACGACGAACUCGCAGUCGACGAUAACCGCUUCGGAGAACGGAGAGGCGCUCGGACCGUUGAUGGUGGACGGGAAGAGCAAGCGACGGACUUGGGGACGGCUCAGCAGUUCCCUUUUCGACACUGUCAUGAUGCCUUCGUUGGACACGACGACGACUGAAGACGACGUCGAGACGACGUGA